GAGAUGAUAACAGAGUCCACUCCGUUACGAUGCAGGAAGCUCAGCAAUCCUGACAUCUUUUCAUCUGCUGGGAAAACCAAGCUCCAUCGUCAGCUAAGUCAAGAUGACUGCAAGCUGCGAAGAGGUAGUUUGGCAAGUUCUUUGUCAGGAAAACAGCUACUUCCUUUGUCAAAUAGUGUCCACAGUGGAGUGGGACAGACCGUAUGGCAGCCACCUGGAGAUACCUCAAACCUGGUCCGCAUGCGAAAUCAGUCUCUAGGACAAUCUGCUCCUUCACUUACUGCUGGCUUG